GUUUCACUUGGAGCUAUGGGUUGUGCUUCAUGAAGAGCCCAGAUGGGCAUUUGCAGGGCAAGUGUGGUCAGUGUGUCAGACUAGCCCAUGAGUGACCAGGGUUCAAAUCCCCACUCAUUAAGAAGCUCCCUGGGUGACUGGGCUAGUCACCGUCCCAUGGCUUCACCUACAUCACGAUACGAUAAUCUUUAUUGCCAUUGUUCCAUACAGCACAACAAAAUUGAAAAAAUCUACAUCAGACAUUCAAAAACCAACAAGCCAGCUAUCCCAGCCUGGUUAACCCCCUAAAAACUCUGAUACCCCAUAAUUAAAUACAAUAUACUCCCAUAGAGACUACCUUACACUGCGUUUAAAACCAAAAUCACAUUUGGAUAGAAACGGUGCUUGUGAGGAUAAAAAGAGGGCAAGACAGUUUCUUGAAGGAAAUGUGAGAUAUAGAUGCAAUAAUGAAUCAAAAGAGGACACAGGGAACGAUACGACUGCCUCCCCUCAAGAUGCAAAGGAGCUGAAUGGAUUAAUUUUUGCCCAGAUCUUUUCUUCUCACAGGCUGGGUCUGUCUGUCCUUGGAGAUGUUUAAAUAUAACAAAGGCCAAGCUGGAGCCUUUGGUGCCGGAGCAGGUGCCUUAAAGCAGCUUCUGGCUGGCAGUAGCUCGUCACACCCAAGCAAUGGGAAGGUGGGCUUCAGUUCUGUAGUUUUUCAUCCAGGCAGGCAGCAAGGUAGGAGGGCAGAACUACUUCACAAAUGACUGGGUGAACCUUUUAACUCCUAACCAAGCUCAGAGCUCUCAUCAUUUCUUGGAAGUCUCUGGAAAGUUCCUCUACUUCUCAUCUCUGUUUAACCAAAUACAUGAACUGUGUAGCUGAAGUGUCCCAUUCUGCAACAUGAUGAGACCUUCACAACAAAAAAUAACAGAACCUUCCCCCCCGCCCCAAGCUAGCAAUAACCACUCCAUCAUUUGAGAGCUACUGACUUUUAAGUAAUGACUGCAUCCAGCUGUUGUCUAGCAAACUGGGUGCUGCUCAUCCAGGGCUUUGAAGCAGAGAGUCUUAAACUUGCAUUGUAGAAUCUCAGUGGAUUUAUAUAGUGUGUAAAUCUUGGCUGUCUCCCCCAUGUGGGCUGCCUUUGGUGCACAGCCAUUCUUUGAAAUCAGGAGCUGUCCUGGUAUGAUGUGAACCCAGCUUCAGACCUUUUACAGGGGAAGUAGUGGCUUUAUCCAUCAUGUGACAUAAACAGAUGGGUGGGCUGGGAAGCGCUCUAAACAAGCAGAAACCACCUCCUAAACAUGAAUAGUCUCGGAGGCAAAUAAAUCCUUUUAAGGCAAGAUUUGACUAAACUAAGCCAUUUUGCUCCUGCUCUAGCCAUUCCACGGGGAGAAGAGACUGAGUCUGCAGCCAGCCUCCCCUUGAUCCUUGCCCUUUUUUGAAACGCCUUUGCCAGCUGGCAGCCAAAAAUAGCUUCCAUUCCACACCAUAUUUGUGCAAGAGACCAGAAGUGACUUGGAAGCCGUUCAGGCCUCCUGUCUUGCUGCUGAAACAUACCAUACCUUCUCCCUACAGCCACUCAGUGGCAAUGCAUAUCACACAGAUGAAUUGGGAAUGCCUUCUGCACAUCUUCUCCUUUUUGGAUAAAAAGAGCAGGAAAAAUUUAGCCCAGACUUGUGUUAAGUUGUUCAGGGUCUUUCAGGAUCCCUCGUUAUGGCCUCUGCUGCAUUUUCAUUCUCCUGCAGAACUGACCAAGAACAACUUUGUUCUGGGACCAGCCUUGCGCCACCUCUCCAUCUGCUGGCAUUCCAGCCAAGUCAAAGUGUGCAACGUUGAGAACUGGAUGAAGAGCACCUUGCAGCAGAACAUCUGCAAGACCCACGAGCACAUAGUCAAUAACUUUUUACAACAGGUUUGCAACAGGUAAGUUCUUGGGCUGUGAAAUGCUUCAUAAAAUGGGUGGCUUCUGUGAUAGAUGGGAGUUGCAUAGGCUGCAGUUGCACGAUCUGAUUCGGUUUCGCAUCAGAAUCACAGUACUUUUGUUUACAUGCAUUUCUUGAGUACUCUUCAAUCAACACAAUACUUCUAGUAGGGUUCUUCCUAUUCUUAUCCCUUAUUUCCUCCCCAUGGGACCAUUCCAACAUCUUUUAAGGUGUAAAAAAUCAAAUCAAGCAUAGCAGCCUUCUAUGCUUUGGAAUUUCCAGCAUGUGCUUUACCUUGGCCAGCUAUUCCAAGCAGUUUUCAAAUGGAUGUUAUUGCUCUCCAGCUAAAGCAAACAAAUUUUGGGCCCCUCCUUCAUUUCACUGUAGGAAGAUUAACUAUUGAUAGCCUAAGACAAGGUACAACUAAUUCCACAGCUUCCAGAGUGUGGGGAAAAUACAAAAACCUGCUGGAAAGGAAAACACCCUAUGGCUUUCACCCAUAGAAGCAACCUCCUUGAAAAAAACAAAAUAUGGACUGAGACUUGGCAACACAAAGUUUUUGAACUUUACAGAGGCAAAGCUUAAGAAAUAUGAGGACAUUACAGAAGCAGGAAGGGACUAGUUAAAAUUGAAUGAAAUAUUCAAAAUCAAAAAAAUUGUUUUAUGAAUCAAAGCUCACAAUUUGAAAGGGAGCUUAUAGAGAACACAGAAAAAUUGAUUUCUAGAAUGUAUAAGUUGUUAUUAGACUGGGAAACAAAAUAUGUGCUGGUAAAACCAGGAAUGAUACAUAAGGCAAGGGAUAUAUGAUAUAAUAGUGAACUGAGUGCAUGGGAUAAACUAUGGAACUAAAAUUUACUGCAUGUUAUACAUUAAAAGAGAAUUAUAUGGGGAAACCCAGCCGGAUGGUGGGGUAAUAAUAAUAAUAAUAAAUAAUUUAAAAAGUAUGAAAAUGAUAUAUAGGUGGUAUCUAGCACCUAGUAAGUUGCCGAAGAUGUAUAAGUCAGAACUAGAUACUGCUGGAAGUGUAAGGAAAAUUGAGGUACCUUCUGCCAUAUGUGGUGGACAUGUAAAGUAGUGAAAGGCUUCUGAGAGAUGAUUUAUAAUGAAAUUAUUUUUGGGGUGGAAAGGUCUUUUAUAAAAAUACCAGACGCUGUUAUUUUAGGAAUAAUUGGUUCAGAUAUACCCAGUGAUCUGAAAAAUAUUUUAAUGUAUGCAACAACGGAAGCCUGAAUGGUGUACGCUAAAAAAUGAAAGGAGGGCACAAUACCAACAAAGGAGGAAUGACAGAUGAAAUUAAUGCUAGCCUAACUGAUAGAAUAACAGCAGGAACAAGAAGUCUUUAAAGAAGAUUAGAAAAAAAUUGUGGAGUAUUUGAAAAAUUAUUGUAAGCAACUUAAAAUGUUAGCAGGAUUAGAAUAUAUUUAGCAGUAAAAUUAUAAAUGGAGGAAAAACUGGAAGAGAAAGAAUAAGGAGUAAUUAAAAUAUGCAACAGUAAAGGAGAAAUUGGAAUGAGCCAUGGAAGGGGAGGAAGGGAAGUUGACGUUUAAUGUAGGGCUUGUUGAUAGAUUCGAUAGAUACACAUUCGCGCAGUAGUUAUUGCAUACAUGAAUACAGUUUGGUAUUUCCUAGGUAUUUGUUCUAAGAAGGCUUCUGGUUUCUUUUGAAAUGUGAGCUUAGAUUUUUUUUUGAGUUCGUUAUAUGCCAUCUCCCCCUUUUUUGGACACAUUUACAAUUCACACAUAUAAAUUAGCAUAUCCUCUAUUUCUGAACACUUCCAACACAAGUUGGAUCUUUUCUUGUACAUUCUAGCGAUUUUACUGGACGUCAGAAACCAUCUGUAAGGUCAUUUUUUGGAUAUUCUCUUUAAUUGUGAAACAUGCCAAAAAAAUUAUUGUCUUCCAGUUUUUCCCAUGCAGAUAGCUCGAUAUUAUGUCCAAUAUCCAACACCCAGUGUAUCAUUGCUGCCUUCACUAACUCAUCUUUGGUUUCCCAUUCUAAUAUGAUUUGGUAUAUUCUUGGUAAGUUUCUUGUUGCUUCCUAAUAGUGUUUUUUUCAAACUCUGACCCGCCUUCCACAAACCCUCUUUCUUUAUCUCUCCUAUAUAUCUUGCUUGAGUAUACUGAAACCAGUGUGUGACUACUCCUGUUAGUAGCUCUCAAUUUUUGAGUCUGGUAGUGUCAUCCUUAAAUUCCAGUAAGUCCUUAUAUGUCCCCCAUUUUUCCUCCAGAUUGAUCUUUUAUUGCUACCACCUCUAUUGGGGAUACCCAGCAUGGGUUCUUUCUUUCUAACAGGUCUCUGUACCUACUCCAUACAUGUGUAGACUUCCUAAUCAUAUGGUUGAAGCAGCCUUUAUGUACUUCAUAGUUGUUGUUUAGUUGUUUAGUCGUGUCCGACUCUUCAUGACCCCCUGGACCAGAGCACGCCAGGCACUCCUGUCUUCCACUGCCUCCCGCAGUUUGGUCAAACUCAUGCUGGUAGCUUCAAGAACACUGUCCAACCAUCUCGUCCUCUGUCGUCCCCUUCUCCUUGUGCCCUCCAUCUUUCCCAACAUCAGGGUCUUUUCCAGGGAGUCUUCUCUUCUCAUGAGGUGGCCAAAGUCUUGGAGCCUCAGCUUCAGGAUCUGUCCUUCCAGUGAGCACUCAGGGCUGAUUUCCUUAAGAAUGGAUAGGUUUGAUCUUCUUGCAGUCCAUGGGACUCUCAAGAGUCUCCUCCAGCACCAUAAUUCAAAAGCAUCAAUUCUUCAGCGAUCAGCCUUCUUGAUGGUCCAGCUCUCACUUCCAUACCUCAUUACUGGGAAAACCAUAGCUUUAACUAUACGGACCUUUGUUGGCAAGGUGAUGUCUCUGCUUUUUAAGACGCUGUCUAGGUUUGCCAUCGCCUUUCUCCCAAGGAGCAGGCGUCUUUUAAUUUCGUGACUGCUGUCACCAUCUGCAGUGAUCAUGGAGCCCAAGAAAGUGAAAUCUCUCACUGCCUCCAUUUCUUCCCCUUCUAUUUGCCAGGAGGUGGUGGGACCAGUGGCCAUGAUCUUAGUUUUUUUGAUGUUGAGUUUCAGACCAUAUUUUGCGCUCUCCUCUUUCACCUUCAUUAAAAGGUUCUUUAAUUCCUCCUCACUUUCUGCCAUUAAGGUUGUGUCAUCUGCAUAUCUGAGGUUGUUGAUAUUUCUUCCGGCAAUCUUAAUUCCAGUUUGGGAUUCAUCCAGGCCAGCCUUUCACAUGAUGAAUUCUGCAUAUAAGUUAAAUAAGCAGGGAGACAAUAUACAGCCUUGCCGUACUCCUUUCCCAAUUUUGAACCAAUCAGUUGUUCCAUAUCCAGUUCUAACUGUAGCUUCUUGUCCCACAUAGAGAUUUCUCAGGAGACAGAUGAGGUGAUCAGGCACUCCCAUUUCUUCAAGAACUUGCCAUUGUUUGCUGUGGUCGACACAGUCAAAGGCUUCUGCGUAGUCAAUGAAGCAGAAGUAGGUGUUUUUCUGGAACUCUCUAGCUUUCUCCAUAAUCCAGUGCACAUUUGCAAUUGGUCUCUGGUUCCUCUGCCUCUUCUAAAUCCAGCUUGCACUUCUGGGAGUUCUCAGUCCACAUACUGCUUAAGCCUGCCUUGUAGAAUUUUAAGCAUAACCUUGCUAGCGUGUGAAAUGAGUGCAAUUGUGUGGUAGUUGGAGCAUUCUUUGGCACUGCCCUUCUUUGGGAUUGGGGUUCUACACAGGAUGGAUUGUUCUACACAGCCAGUCUGAGGUCUAUCAAGCAAUUCUCCCAACUCCUGGAGCAGCUGAUAGACUAACAAAUAUUAGGGCAUAAGAUGCCCUUACAUUAACAGGGUCCAUUCACACAGAUUGGUAUUGAACAGCAGAAAAGCUUCAGUAGCCUCCUCUUAGGUUGCUGAAUGGUGAAGUCUUCCUAAGACUGCAAGGCAGAGAAGUAGCCUCCAUGCACUUGUGAUGGCUAUGUUCUGCCUCUAGCUACCAGUUAUCAGGAAACAUCAGGAGGGCUUCUGCUCUCUUGCUGGGCAGAAUGCAAGCAGGGAAUGCAGUAAGAUGAUAGGUCUCUGGUCUGAUCCAGCAGGUUCACUUUGCAUGACUUUCCCUCACUUAAGUUGGAAUAACCUUCCCAGUAUGUUUAACUAGCUUAUAUUUGAUAUGUUCUAAAUAAUUUGAGGUUAGCUAGAUUAUAAUAUUGGGAGAUGCUGCAGAGGGAUAUUCCCUAUUGGUCUGAUGCUGCAAACGCAACAGUUUUGUGGAAGCUAAUGGAUUAAAAUUUAUUCUGGCAUGAGCUUUCUGGAGCAGGGAAAGGGAAUUCAUGGCUCUCUAGCUGUUAGUAUAAAUAAAAAAUUAUCAUCAUCAUCAUCAUCAUCAUAGCCAAACUGAAGCUCCCAAAUUAGCCACCCUGGAAUUAGAAAGUCCACUUGAUUAGAUGCUUGAAGCAUUAUCCUAAGUUAUAUCCAUAGCUAUACAUACAUGGUUUGGAGAGGGUUUUGUAAUAAUAAUAAUAAUAAAUAAUAAUAAAAUUAUUUAUACCCCGCCCAUCUGGCUGAGUUUCCCCGGCCACUCUGGCCGGCUUCCAAUCAUGUCUUAAAAACUUCCCUAAACAGGGAAGUUGUACGUUAGAGGGAAAUUAAUGGUCAUUGUUAAUGCAAUUUAUUACUGUAUUCUAUGGGCUGUUUGCUCCUAGAGAACAUGGUCAGUAUAAAGUCUCAUUUGAAAUAGUGCUAUGUUUUCUGCUUCAUAUAGAUAUGGGCCAGAGUUUGAAUUGGCUUCAGUGGAGUGAGGGGUAGAGGACUUUAGCACUGUGUGGCUUACGUUUUACUUUGCUAACCUAUAGCAUUCAUUCUUUCAGAUGCCCAAACUUGCUGUCUUUGAUGCUGUCUGGAUGUGGCCAUGUCACAGAUGACUGUAUCACACUGCUUCUGAUGAGCUGCUCCUGUCUGAACACACUCCAACUUGAAAACUGUGUCCAGAUAACUGACCGGACUUUGGAAGCUGUAAUCUUCUAUGCUACAUCUUUAGAAAUUUUACAUGUGGACUUCUGCAGGAAUAUAACUGAGGCUGGUUUGCAGCAAGUCCGUAAAAAUCGGCCAUUGCUCUCUCUAAAAGCAGAGAGAAGUGCAGACAUGAUCCCAGACAAAAAGCCAGGCAGCAACUCGCCUGCAGAAAGAGCGUUCAAGAAGCUGCUGUGGCACUAAGCCAAGAGAGAAGCUGCCGGGCUCUGUGCUCUUUCUGUUGUGAGAUGGUGACCAUGCACAUACAGGCACCUAGCUGUUCUCAUGCACAAACUCACUAAAUUGUGAGAAUGGCAAAGCCCUGGAGUUAGGUACUCAGAACUAGCAACCUCACAGCUGACUGAAAAGUUUGCAGAGUCAGAGGAAUUUGAAGUGGGGUGUGGGGUGUGUGGAACAGUUCCUGAUGGUUUGGGAACAUUAAGUGUUCAGUUUCAUAAAGUGCUUUGGCUUUUGUGCUUUUUUUUAUUUUUUAAGAUUACUUAGUAAGAUCCAGAAAGAACCCGCUUUUGAUGUUGUGAGAAUGCAUUUUUUCCUCCAUUUGGGCAGGGAACAACUGGGUCCCUCCAGCUGUUUGACACCAAGCUCUUCCCUGACCAUUACUAUAGUGCCUUGGGCUGGUGUGAGUUGGAGGGUCACAGCUGCUUUAUUUACUGGAAUCUCAAAAAUACCUCAAAAACUGACAAAGGAAAUUGCUACCUUACAAUGGCUUAAAGUCUACCGUGUCUCUCGGUGCAAAUGAUGUAAAUCUAUUAACUGCAAUUCUUCACUACUCUCUACUUUUAUACUACCUUUCUUUGGAAGCCCUCUCAGAUUACCACUCCUCUGGGACUGCAACAAAAAGUAGCAUUACAUCCACAGCUGCACAAUUAGGACUAAUUGUUGAGCCAUAGACAAAAGUGAGCGAACAACGCACAUGUCCUGUUUUGAUGUUCCAGCUCUCAUUGGAAGUCCUGUAGUUUUUCCUGUGCCAGAUUACAGAAGCCUCCAUCCCGGUUUCAGCUGUCAGCCUCAUUUAAGGAAAUUAAUAUACUGUGGAAGAUUAGUUUUUAAAGACUUCUUACGACAAACUGGAGACCCAAAU